CGUUACUCCUCCGAAGUACAUAGUCACGCAUAAGCGACAACGAACGACCAUCUUUCAAGCUUGCACCAAUCUGUAGCUUGAGCUCGAUCAGGUACAAGUCGGUUAUAUUACAUAGCUGCCAUGCACCCGUUUGGCGGUACACCGAUAUGUCCUAGAUGCAACAAGGCUGUUUAUGCUGCAGAACAGGUGAUGGGACCUGGUAGGAAGCUCUAUCACAAGCCUUGCCUGGCCUGCACGACAUGUAAUAAGAGGCUAGACUCAUUGACGCUUCUUGAACACGAUCAGGAGCCAUACUGCAAAACAUGUCACGUUCGAAAUUUCGGCACUCGCGACCUGAGACAUGCCAAUCUCCCUCAUCGCAAUGAUAUGGCCACACCUCCACCACUUCCUGCAUCACCUGUGCGCAACUCCUUCCCUGCACCCACUUUCAUACGUGGUGAAUCAGUCGAUCUAAGCCAGCGACAAGAUGCGCGAUCACCGGUGCGUGCGCAAAACUCAAGCACAGGACGCUAUACGAAUGGUGCCAUGUCGCCAUCGCCCAUCCUCAAAGCGAACUCGGUCCUCCCCGCACGGUUCAAUCGCUCACCCAACAACCCUAUUGUCGAGCUUAGCUCUGAAAACACGAAUCAAACUGUCAACACAAUCUUGCACCACGAGGGGGUGAGAGAAGAGACGCCGGUGGAAUCAGCCCUCACAUUUACGGGGACAGUUACUAGCACAGUACGCAUCGGCGACAUGCCGCGUACUGUCCCACUGAGCCCAACAAAAUCAGCAAGCAAUGGAACUAAUACUACGUCCACCCCGAAAUUAUCUUCUGUAACACUUGCACGCUCAAGUUCAUCUCCGAUGACGCCGUUGCAGCAAACUUCCACCGGCACAAGGUAUGGCGUAGCAUUUGGUAGCGGUGGCACUCCCGUAAAGGCAUUUUCUGCGGGCACGACUCCAACGUGUCCGCGGUGUGGGAAGAAUGUUUAUUUCGCUGAACAGAUGAAGGCCAUAGGAAAGACUUGGCACAAGGGAUGUUUGAGGUGCAAGGAGUGCAAUACUCCGUUAGAUUCCACUAGGUUGACCGAGAAAGACGGGGAUCCCCUUUGCCACCGAUGCUACUCAAAGCUGCACGGCCCAGCAGGAAAUGGCUAUGCUUUGCUCGGCAAGGCCGGUGGUUAGGCAUGUAUGUCAGCGACUCGGCACACCCGACUACACGAUUAGUAUCAAUUUUCACUGUCAUAUAAAUGGACGUUAUGUGUUUCUGUUCAUUGUUUUCUUGAUUUUAACGAACUGUUGUUUUCCGAUGAGUUACUACUGUACUGCCACUCAUUUUCAAUUGAUGGUGUAUCAAUACCUUCCACUGUCUCCGCUAGUAUUCGCUUUCACAUCCACUCGUCCAUAGAUUGCUCAAUGCUCUCACCAUUUUUGUCGAGUUGCCAAUAGUCAAGCUUGUGGUACUGUCAUGUUCAUAGGUGUGUAUGUAAUAAACGGCCUCGUGUAUCC